CAGCUGGCUGGCAGCGCGAGCACGCGGCGCCCCGACGGCAGCGGCGGCAGCGGGGGCAGCGGGGACAGGGUCGGGCAGCGGAGCCUCGGAGGGAAGGGCUGCCUGCGCUUUGCUCUACUUUUCUUUUAACUUCUAUUUCUGUUUUGGGGGGUUUUAAAAAUUAUUAUUUAUUUUUUAGUUUUUAAUUUUGUUGGGGGUUUUGUUUGUUUGUUUUGUUUUUUGUUUAUUUGUCUCUUCGGGGUUUCUUUCUGUUUAAUUUCCUUCCCUGCCAGGACUGGAAGCGGGAUCCGCGUCCCUGGAACUGCUAUGCCAACUGAACUCUCCCGGGCCGUGAGAAUGCACGCCAUCUCCGACCUCCACUCCUCCCUUACCCUGCGCCUCCUCAACAAGGGGCCCGAGUACCUGCGCAGGCAGAUGGAGGCAGGCAACCCGGGACGGAAAAGUGCCGUGGAGAGGCUGGCAGCCGACAAGGCCAAGUACGUGAAAAGCCAGCAGGUAAUCAGCACCAAGCAGGAACCCGUCAUCCUGCUUAGCUCAGCCUCAGAGAGCAGCAGUGAGACCUGUUCGGUGGAAAGCAGAACGACCAGCAGGGACUUGGGCAGAGGGAAGAGCGCGAAGCCCCUGGAGCUGGCCAAGGCGGUGUACUCCUGCCGUGCCCCCCUGCAGCACGGCCCCCCCAUAGCCAGGCGCAGCACCCCCAAGAGGCAGAUGCGUCCGGAUUCCCUGGUGAUAUACCGCCAGAAGUGCGAGUUUGGGAGAGGUCAGAGCCAGGACAGCUCGCGGGGGAGCUUGGUGAGGCGGAUCUUCCAAGGGUCUGUAAAGGAGAAGCAGUUGGCUUCCCCUGAGAUGCCCAGGCUCAUGGAGGACGCCGCAGCCCCUGAGAGCAAAGAGCCUGUUUCAGCGAAAGACAGUGACCACGAACCUAGCAGCCAUGGAGCAGAGCAGGCGGUGGCUGUGAGCACUGAAGCCCCGGGGCUAUGUACAAAAGAACACGAGAGACCCUCAAAACUGAACACACUUCCCGAGGAUGUCAAGGAGGUGAAGAGGAGAGGAGGUCUCCAUCGCUCCCAGUCGGACAUAAGCUCUCGCUACUCCAAGUCCUUUUCUGAGUUUGAUACUUUUUUCAAGUACUGUGGCCUGGAGCAGGAGGUCAUCGAGGAUCUCGGGAGAGAGAACUUCUCGGUGGUGUCUGACAACGUCUCCUUCAAGAUCCGGAGCAUCAGCGUGGCAACCUCUGAGAGCGACUUCACGCGGCACAGCGGGGACGAGGGGCUGCUGGAGGAUGAACUCACAGAACAGGUCCCGAGCAGUACCUCUGUGAUAGAGCGCAACGCUCGGAUCAUCAAAUGGCUGUACACAUGUAAGAAAGCCAAGGAGAACAGCAAGGUGAUGCAGGAGCUGGCAUGAUGGCUUCUUUCAGCAUGCACUGCAGCCUGGUGAACUCAAGGAUCCUUGACUUAGAAGUGUAACUAAGCCAGACACAGGAAGAAACUCAUCCCUCAUCUGGCUCAUGAAUACUUUGUUCAAGUUUAGUAUUUUUUUAUUGCCUCCUACCCUUGCCUCUGUCCCCUAGCAGCCUGACUCUUGUCACAAGCACAGGGGUGUCCAAGAACAUGAUCACAAGCAGAGACUGUGAACCAUGCCCCAGCAAGUCAGUGGGAAACCAAACUCCUGGAAAAGCAAAACAUGGCAGCAGCUUCCAUCCAUGGUAAUAACUCACCAUCAGCUCACUGCCCUGGGAUGCCAUUCCAGGCUGUGACAGAAGGUCUGUGUUAUGCACCCAUCUCUUUCCAGCAAUUUAUUUGUCAGCAGGCAUGGGGGAGAAAGUGGGAAUGAAGUGGCAAUGACCUUUGGGUCAGGCAUUUCCUCGCUGGCAGACAGGCUCCACCCGGACCUUUAAAGGCUCUGUCUUACCAGGGAUGUUUGUCCAGGGUUCAUCCUGACAUCAUUAGAUGUUAUUUGUUUGGCUUGUGAGGACUAACUGUGGCAAUUUUAUCUGAGAUACUUGGCAAACAUUCUGUAAGCUAAAGCCCUGCCAAGCUUCUCUUUCCCUGAGAGUAUUCAAGCCAAAUUGGAGUACCUUGUAUCCAUCUAGUUUGCUCUGUCACACAGCUUGUUCAGCCAGUGGGGAGGACUAGCCUAUGUCCAACAUAUUUUCAGGAGCAUGGUUCCAAGAAACAGGUACUCAAAAUGAGGCAGGGUUUUGCAUUGCUACUGCCUUGCUGCAGAACAGCACAAUUCACAUGUACACAGGCUCCUCCACCUUGUUUGCAGUGUCUCCAACUACUGACAUUGCAAACAUUGCAAGGCUUGGCAGCUUGUGGUUUAACAGCUUUAAUUUUAUGCACUGUGAGCAAGCAGUGGGCUUACAGAACCAAGUUAGGAAACUUUAUCCCAUGCUAUGUAAGGCCACACUUCCCUAGCAUGGGUCUAGAGUAAGGCUGUGCCUGGGAUGUGCAGGAUGGCAUCCGUGUGCUGCAGAGCAUGAAGACAUGUUAGGGCACAGCUGUGCCAGGUAAAUAUUCUUACAGAGUCAGACACCAAGUGCAGACAGCUCCUUAGUAUCUUCAACAAAUACUUCAUUUGGACUAGCUAAGCUAAAUGUAUUUUAAAAGCUGAUAAAAAGUACUUUAGAUCAUCAUUGUAGCGAAUGGGGCUUCUACAGUGAAUCAGGGAAUUUGCUGGCUGUGCCUCAAACACUUACCCCAAUCUGUCAUUGCUUGCUAGAAAAUGUUUUGCAUCAAAGUUUUUCUUUGCGGACUUAGCCAACCACAAAAAAAAAAAAAAAAAUGCAUGAACCCCCCAGUCAAAGGCAAAGCCAGUUCCCCUUUCAGUCACACCAGUGCUUGUCUGAGAGCUGCCCCUCUGGCAUAACAGUGACUUGACCCAAGGGUUUUGCAGAAGUUAAAAGUUUACUUUGUGUUACCAUGGUUGCAGUGUCCAGCUUACCUGGCCACCAGACCUUCAUUAUAGGCAGUCCAGAAACAUCAUCUUUCAUUCUUUGCAUUCCUUCUGCCCCAACCAUGGCAGCUCCCACCACUGCCUCUCCUGGCCCAAAACAGCUGCUGGGGCAGCCAGGUGGAUGUGGAGCUCAAGUAGUAUUCAAUCUGUGUUUCUCAAGUGUUUGCUACUCUGGGUAAAUACAUCUGGAGCAAUGGAGAGGAUGAGGGUGAGCGGUGACAAUUCAGUAAUUAACAUACACAAGUGUUGCACACUGAAACGAGUUGCCCUUGAAGUACUCAUCAAGCAGUUCAGUUGACAUCAGUUAAAUUGACAGCAGGAUCAUCUGGGUUGCAUUUCCAUGUAUUUUAAAUGUGCUUGUCAGUCCCUGGAUGGUUAGUUCUCAAUUACAACAAUUGUUUGAGAAUGCAGGGCAUUUGUCUUCAUUUUCUGGUGUUACAUACUAAGGGCUAUGUGUCUGAAGUUGUCAAGACAGAUCAAUAACAAUGCCAGAUAAAAUAACUGUGGAACCCACUUUACACUUUGGAAAAAACUAAAUAGUUGGAAUGAGUUAAGCUUCUGCAAACUCAGCAGGAAGCUAGUACAUGGGGAUGUUUCUGUUAAAUAAUAACAUUUCCAUGUUUAUUUGCAACAUUAUUAUUAAAGGAUGAUUCUCAGAUUCUCAGAAAACUCCAACCCAAAAUGCUGCUAAUAUGAUAAGAUGUAUGCACUGAAGGGGCAGGUUUUUGAGAGGUACAGUUUUGCUAGGUUUAUCUAGAUUUAUUAGUCAGGAAGACAACCUGCUCUAUCUGUUCUUUUCAUACACACUUGG